AUGGUGGUGCUGGGAGUAUCCUGCUUUGCACAAGUAAAAGAAGGAUUCGAAGUUCAGUUCUGUGUCAACGAUCGAAGAUCAGAGACCUCGCCGUAUAUACCAAAGAACGUAAGGUUGGCUGGUCACAUGAUGUGCUUCAACGACUAUCACUGGACCAGUGCAGUGAAAGACUGGAUAGCAAACGUACUGCAGGGACACCGCCAUUCGAUAGAUCAGACCACUUUACGAAGUGCCGAGAUUCAAAGACAGUCGAACAUGGGCAAUUCUUUGCGUAGUCUUUCGACAAGAGAUAUGAUGCUCUUCGAGCCACAGGCACCGACCACUCCAUCGCCGAAGCCUCACCUUGAUAAAUCACAGGUCUAG